AUGUCCCCGAUUGCUUUUGAUACCACUAUUAUUGAACAAAAUCCUUUUGAACUUGUAGAACAUACUAAUGGCCUUACAAAAGAUCUUACGAAGCCUACUGUACAAACUUUAGAAGACAUCAUGCAAGUGGAUGAAUCACAAGAACAGCAUGAUAAUUCUAAUUUAGAACCGAAACCAGAUCAACAAACUUCCCCACCGCAGCAACAGCUAUCACCUAAGUCUGUACAAGAAGUGCAAGUCACGUCGUCUCAAGUGCAAUUACCAAAUUCUGAUAAUGUUGAAAUAUAUACUACAAAUUCUAGUGAUAUGGAAGACAUUGUCGAAUGCUCUCUUGAAGAAACUUUACUUAAUGAAAAUGAAGAUUAUGAAAUGGUAUCAAGAGCCGUAAAUGUUCUUAAAUUUCAAUUCGAACAAGCGAAAGAAGAUAUUAAAAAACUAAAAGAAAUAAAACGGAAUGCUUUAUCAGAUCCGAUAACGUAUAUCGAGAAACUACGUGAUGGAACCAAUGGAAAGAUUCCAGAACGUCAAUACAUAUUUGGUGUUCCACAAAUCGAUUGGAGUAAAUAUCAUACUAGGCCGUCACAAUAUAAGCCGCCACCAUGUCCAGCAAGAUUCAGGAAGCAGUUCCAAGGAAGCUCACCUGAUCUCGCUGAAUUUGUGCAUAAAAAAGCUCAAGAGUUGGGUUUUAAAGUUCCCCCAAAUGCGGUUUUGUCAACGCGUACUAAAAGGAAAACUAACCCAAUUUUUGAUGAUGACUGUGUUUUUACACCUCCACAGAGCGUGGGAGUCAAUACACAUAUGUCAAUGACUUCGAAUAAAAAGGGAAAAUUGGAUUGUUAUAGGACAUCAUCAUCUAUAUAUAAUACACCAAUUAAACAAAGAGGAGGAGAUAAUACAAUAAGAAAUGGGUUAAUGAGUGCAGCAUCUUUAAAUAGUCCAAUGUUUAUUACAUCUGAAGCGGAUACGAGUUGUUCAUCCACUCCAACAGUACCAUCAAAUCGAAGAAAUAAUAAAAAGAAAUCUAGUGAGCUCAAAUUAUCAGAGGAUUCGCCAAAACCAGUUAACUAUAAUAUACCUUGGACAGAUGACGAACAACGUCGACUGGUAGAAUUACUUGCAAUUUAUCCAGAUGAAGAAAUACAAUCUCAUCGGUUUAAGAAGAUUUCUGAAGCUUUAGGUACAAGAACACCGAAGCAGGUGGCUAGUAGGGUACAAAAAUAUUUCAUAAAAUUGGCAAAGCAUGGCUUACCCGUUCCUGGACGAAUUCCUAGUGUUUCAUUUACGACAGCAACAACGAAGAAUUCACAAUCUAAGAAUAAAAAAUCCGGGAGAGCAUCAAAACCGAAACCGCCAUCACUAUCCCCUGAAAAACGGCCGCGACAUCCAAGAGUGUCUGGAUUAUCAUAUUUGGAAGAACGACCACCACCGACAGUAUAUAUGCCUGAUGAUGAUGACGAAAGUAUGAUCAAGGAUGUAAUGUUGUCAGUAGAUCUUCCACAUAACAACAAUAAUAUACAACAGACAUAUAAUGUUGUUACAGGGCCAGUACACCAUGGUUUUUGCUGUGAUGGAUGUCAUACGGAUCCAAUAAUUGGGACACGAUAUCUUUGUACGGAAUGUGAUGAAAGUCAUGAGGUUGAUUUAUGCGAAGAUUGCUUUGGAGAAGAAUCUUUUGAGAAUGAAUAUCAUAAGAAAACACAUAAAUUUUUAGCAAUUACUAAUCCUAUAACCCCUCAUAUUGAUAUGGAUUAUGUAUCUGAAAGUGUUGGAGA